GUUCCGGCGGUUACUCCUCACUCCCUCUCUCCCCCAUGGCGUCGCCACCGCCGCCGGCAUCCGCCGCCGCCGCAGCGGCCCACAGCGUGUUCGUAUACGGCACCCUGAUGUCGGAGGAGGUCGUGCGCGUUCUUCUCGGCCGCGUCCCGCCGUCCUCCCCCGCGCUCCUCCCCAACCACCAGAGGCUCAGCAUCAGGGGCCGCGUCUACCCGGCGAUUCUGCCCGUCGACGGCAACCAGGUUUCAGGAAGGGUGUUCAAGGAAAUCACUGAUGGCGAGCUCGAUGUGCUGGAUAUAUUCGAAGAUGAGGAGUACGUGAGAGAAACUGUUGGCGUCUCGUUAACUGAUUCAUCGGAAACAAUGCUUGCCUUUGCAUACAUAUGGGGGAAGGUGGAUGAUCCUGACCUCUAUGGUGAAUGGGAUUUUGAUGAAUGGAAGAAAGUGCAUUUGAAGGAUUAUCUCACAAUGACACAAGAUUUCAAGGAGGAAUUGGAACAGCUCGAAUCGAAGACUGAUGAUUGAAGCGCAAAUCAUUGUUCCAGAAGGGUUAAUUCAACUGGAUUGUAUGUUGUUUGUCCAACCAGGUCUCAUCUCAAUUGUAAAUAAGAUCUUUAUGGCGCCACUAACCCAACAAAUAAUCGAACUGUUUUGAGUGUAAUUUUACCCCUCUGUUUUCUGGACCAGCAGUCAAUGCUGCCUCAGCCCCUUGCAUGUGAAACAAAUUAAACUUGAAUUUGAUUUGGGUAAGUUGUGUGAGUCUUUUUUGCCUGUUUA